AUGGUUGUGCACGACAUCCAGUUCAUGAAUGUCCUCAAGGGAAAACGCGUCAAACUGACUCUCAAGACUUCGUCCUACCUUGGCGUCGUCCAGCGUAUAAAUCCCAACAAAACGCUGAUUUUGUCGGACGUUGUUAGUGGCAGUAAUGGCUGUAAAUUUCCUGGCUCGAAAAUGUUCUUUGGACAUGAGAUUCUCAACGUGGAAUUUACCAAUGAAGUGAACAGUGACAAUGGAACUAUCAAUGACCACAGACUUGAGGACCACUUGACUGUGGAAAAAUUUCAGCCAUACAGGAAGACAAUCACAAUGGAUGAAGAUGAAGAUGAUGAGGAGUAUAUCAACUUUGUAGUCAUUGAUGAGUUUCAUGAGAAGUUUGGACCUGCUGUGAUGCACAUCAAGAAGCAGUCUGUGAUCGGUGUGGGAGCUGAUGGAGUUGAGAUAUAUCAGCAUGGGAGACUGUGUUGGCUGCAGAUUGCCACUAAAAACAAGGUAUACCUGUUUGAUAUUCUGUUACUCGGAGCUCGGGCCUUUAAGAAUGGUCUUUCCAUGAUCCUGGAAAAUAAGCACAUAUUAAAGGUGAUUCAUGACUGCCGAGCCAUCGCUGGAUGUCUGAUUGCACAGUUUGGAGUAAAAUUAACCAAUGUCUUUGACACACAGGUGGCAGAUGUCAUGUGCUUCUACUCAGAGACAGGCGGAUUUCUGCCUGACAGAGUCAGUACUCUGCAGGAAGUGGUGAGUCACCAUCUGAAGGUGCCCUCCUCCCAGCUCUUAUCCCUUCAGAUGAAGUCACAGCUCACCAAGGAGGAAAAGGAGAUGUGGUACAAGCGUCCAUGUCCUGUAACCCUGCUGAAGGUCAUGGCUCUGUCAGUGAUCCACCUGCAGCCUCUCAGACUAGUGCUGCUGGAUGCUCUCAUGACAGACUAUAUGGCCCUGGUGGAUUCAUACCUCAACAGCAGCCACUAUGAACCUGAUGAACUGGAGCAUGUCAGCAUGAGUGUGUUGGAGUUGCCCAGAGAGCUCAGGCAGCUGCAGCAAAUGCACCAUGAGCGUCAGGAGUGGGCCGCUAACCACUACCCUGUCACAGAGCACGGUCUGCUUGCUCGCUUCAACCCCCGAACCAAAUCUCCAUCCCAGACUUCACUUACAGCAGAGGAGGAUAGCCAGAAACAGACAGACUCCUUUGGACCUGUAAAUGUGAAGUCACCUUCAUCAGCACAACUGGAACCUCUCCUCGCUGCAGAGGUCACUAGUGUUUCUUCGGUGGAUGUCCAUGCCUCUCCUGUCCCGCCAGCUCAGGCCCCAGUCACAGCCUCAAUGUCAGAUUUUGGGAAACAAAUGCCCCCUGUCAGUCCCUUGUCUGUAGGUGUAGGCAGAGGAUGCACAGAGCUGCUGAUUGACACACUAGGUAGAGGAAGGUCCCUUGGGAAAGACCAGUCAAGCCUACAUUCCUUACCUGCGAUAGGAAGAGGCUUUUUUCUCCAGGUGCCACCAGCCCAUAACCCCAGAGAGAGCACUGGGGUCAUGAAAAAUCCAGGCAGGGCAGAGAUGACUCCCUCUAGCCCCAGCUUCACACCAUCCCAAAACGUGAACCCCCUGCCUGGCACCAGUGCUACUGACCUGCCCAACGACACUUCUGGCUUGAGAGGAGACCUUUCUUCACCAACUCCCCAGUCCCUCACAUCUUCACUGAGGCAGUCAUUCAGGUCUUUCAGAUAUUAA